AUGUUCUCAGUUGCAACGGAUGAUAACCUCGAAAAUAUAAUGCAAUGUAAAUGAUUGGGAAAACCUUUUUCGAGACAAGGUUAUAGGUUCUAACCAAGAUGUUGACCCUAUCGUUAUGAACCAAGUAGUGCCGGAUGUAUCUUCGUUAACACCCAGAUUAUCUCCAGAUAUCGAUGGAUUUUGUGUAGGAGACGAAAAAACUGUAACUUUAACAAAUACUUCCCUAAAUGUAGAAAAUUCCACAGUUCACAUCGGAAAUGUAAUCCACCAUCAUCAUCACGUCCCAGUUUCUUUGUGUGACGCGCAGGAAGAAGAGACUCACACAUCACAGGAUAAUGAAUUCGGUCCUGAAAAAUCUUAUACCCCUGAGGAAACUGCAACGAAAUAUGUUAUACUUCGUGAUAAAAAAAUAUGUUCCGUUAUAUCCACAAUUUUUGUAGUGACUUUGGUGGCAGGUGUUGUUCUGUUGCUAUAUUUCACUCAAAUACCCAAUACUACAUCCAAAGAAACAAGUCCAGAGAAAAGUAAUGAUGACGAUGAAGAUUCUGAUGCUAAGCCCUCUCACACAUUUGGCAACCUUACGCAUCUUUCUGGCUGUAAGAUAUUCGAAGAAGAAGAAUGGGGUAUUAAGCGUAAUUUAGGGGACAUCGUAUUGAUACACCCUGUUCCUCACAUUAUCAUUUCUCAUUCUGCUACCCCUUUCUGCAAUACCACUAAGAAAUGCAAGACAAGAAUGAGUAGUAUGCAGGAGUAUCACAUAUCGACUGGCAGCCCUGAUAUAGGCUACAACUUCAUGAUAGGGGGUGACGGUAAUAUUUACGUAGGAAGGGGUUGGAAUGCAAGAAAUUUCCACUUGGGAAAUCAUUCCAUAGGGAUCAAUUUUGUAGGAAAUUAUUUCAGGGAUGAAUUAACGCCAAAAAUGAUAGACUGUGCACAGAAAGUGAUAGCUUAUGGUAAAGAAUCUAAGAUAUUAAAAGCUGACUAUAAACUUCUAUGUCAUAAUCAGACUAACCCGAAAAUGGUGAGUCCUGGACCCAACGUUUAUGCGAUUGUUAAAAAUUGGCCAAAUUUCAUGCCAGGAAGUGUUAGUCGAAAUUUUUUGUAUGAGGUGUGAAAUUUUCCUUGCCUUUUGGUGAGCACUCGAAUUAAUGUAUGUUUUUGUAAAUUUGUAAUUUUAUACUGAUGAGGAAAUAAAUGUUAAUUAGGAUAUUC